AUGAGCUUCUUCAGUUUCACCACCUCCUUAACACUACUCUUCUUCCUUCUGCACUUCUCCAUACACCUAAAAGCCUACACCCCAGUUGAAAUUUUCACCAUCAGUUGCGGCACCACCGGGAAAUCCUCCGACGGUGAAAGGACGUGGACCGGGGACGCAGACACAAAGUACUUAUCUCUCCAAGACGGCACCGUUUCGGACAAGGCAACAACACAAUCACCUUCCGUCAAUCAAGUACCCUUCACCACAGCACGCUUGUCCCGUACCCAAUUCAAUUACUCCUUCCCCGUCUCCACAGGCUCCAAAUUCAUUCGUCUCUUUUUCUACCCUGCCGAUUACCCUUCCUUUCCCCGCAACCACGCUUCUUUCACCGUUCAAUCCAACCAAUUCACGCUCCUCAACGGUUUCAACGCCUCUCUAAACGCCGACGCUGAAAACACCGAAACUAUCUUCAGAGAAUACGUAGUCAACGUCAACGACGGUGACAGGCUUAUCCUCAGCUUCACUCCCUCGCAACCAAACUCCUACGCUUUCGUCAACGGAAUCGAGGUACUUUCCAUGCCAACCGAUUUAUAUUACACCCCAGCCAAUGAGACAGGAAUUAAGUUCUUGGGAAGUAGCACUUUGUAUAGUAUUGGAACCAGUUUUGCGCUUGAGACAGAGUAUAGAAUCAAAAGUGGAGGGCAACAAAUCCCGCCACAAAACGACACCGGUUUGUUCAGGAAAUGGGAUGAUGAAGAAGGUCAUUUUAUUAAACAAAAUCCAAAGAAUGAUGAUAUACCAGCUGACAUAGAUGGGAAGAUGAACAUAACAGUGAAUCCUGAUUACGUGGCACCCAAGGAACUGUUCAGAACAGCGCGUAGCAUGGGCAGAAACGCCACCCUGAACAUAAUCAGCAACCUCACUUGGGAGUUUCCCGUUGAUUAUGGCUUCACUUAUGUCCUCAGGCUCCACUUUUGCGAGCUUGAUCACAACAUUAAUAAAAUCGGUGACAGAGUGUUCUCUAUUUACAUAGCGAGCCAGUUGGCUGAUGAUCGUGCAGAUGCACUGAGAUGGAGCCAAAAUAAAAAAGGUAUCGCUGUGCACAGAAACUACGCCGUUUUGAUUCCCAAGAAUGAUACUAAGAAAAAGUUUAAUCUCUCGCUUCAAAUGCAGCCUUAUGGAAGUGGUACUGAUUCGACUUACACCGACGCGUUCUUAAACGGUCUCGAAAUCUUCAAAAUAAGCGAGGCUGGCUCAAACAACCUCGCCGGACCCAACCCGGAUCCGGUUCAGACUCCGCAGAACAACAUACCCGGUCAAAACGGAAAUACCAGUAGCAGAAAUGGAACGACGAUAAUUGGCGUCGUCGCAGGGGUGGUAUCCGGCGUCGUUUUGAUCUCGCUCAUCGUUUUCCUCGUCGUGUUUUUCCGGCGCAAGAGAACCACAAAGCCAAAAGAUUACAACAAGUCAAAGUCUUCCGCGACUUCCAAGUGGGGUCCACUCUCCUUCACAACGAUCAAGUCAACCACCACGAACUCCUCUCUACCGUCCGAUCUCUGCCGCCACUUCUCCCUGGCGGAGAUCAAAGCCGCCACCAACAACUUCGACGACGUCUUCAUCGUCGGCGUCGGGGGUUUCGGCCACGUGUACAAGGGCUACAUCGACGGCGGUUCCACCCCCGUUGCCAUCAAGCGCCUCAAACCGGGUUCGCAGCAGGGCGCGCACGAAUUCAUGAACGAGAUCGAGAUGCUCUCGCAGCUCCGUCACCUCCAUCUCGUGUCCCUCAUCGGGUACUGCAAUGAGAUGAACGAGAUGAUCCUGGUCUACGACUUCAUGGCGCGUGGCACCCUACGCGACCAUCUCUAUAACACCGACAACCCAGCUCUCUCGUGGAAGCAGCGUUUGCAGAUCUGCAUCGGCGCAGCGCGUGGACUGCACUACCUCCACACGGGCGCGAAGCACACGAUCAUCCACCGCGACGUGAAAACCACGAACAUAUUGUUAGACGAUAAGUGGGUGGCGAAGGUUUCGGACUUCGGGCUUUCCAGAAUUGGGCCCACGGGCAUGUCCAAGGCCCAUGUCAGCACAGUCGUGAAGGGCAGCAUUGGGUAUUUAGACCCAGAGUAUUACAAACGACAGCGUCUGACGGAAAAGUCUGACGUGUACUCUUUUGGUGUGGUGUUGUUCGAGCUACUCUGCGCUCGUCCGCCUCUGAUCCGCACCGCGGAGAAGAAACAGGUGUCACUCGCUGAUUGGGCGAGAUACUGUUACCAAAAUGGGACCAUCGCGCAGAUUGUGGACCCCGCGUUGAAGGGGAGGAUCGCGCCUGAGUGCUUGAGGAAGUUCUGCGAGAUUGGCGUGAGUUGUUUGUUGGACGAUGGAACGCAGAGGCCGUCGAUGAACGACGUCGUUUGGAUGCUGGAGUUCGCGUUGCAGUUGCAGGAGAGCGCGGAACAGCGCGAAAAUGGUAAUGUGAUUUCUGGUGAGGGGGUUAAUGAAAGAGGAAGGGAAGGUGGUGAGGAUUUGUUCAGUAGUGGAACCAGUCUGGGCCAGGUUUCGGAUUUUAACAAGAGUAGUGGGACCAGUGUGGUGAGUGUGAGUACGAGUAGCGAAGAGCUUAGCAGUAGCUACAAAGAGAGCGAUAGAUUGGUGUCUGGGACUGUUUUCUCUGAAAUCGUUGACCCAAAGCCACGUUGA